GGGGAGGGGGCGGGAAUUCCCGACUCGAGGCCGGAACCCGGAGGCUGCGAUGGAGUGAGACCCUCGGGAGGUGUUACUUCUCUUUAUAGUGUUACUGAGCUACCGCGGCCAUCAUGGUGCCCUGGGGGGAGCCAGAACUCCUGGUGUGGCGCCCAGAAGCGAUAGCUUCGGAGCCCUCAGUGCCGGUGGGGCUGGAGGUGAAGCUGGGGGCGCUGGUGCUGCUGCUGCUGCUCACGCUCCUCUGCAGCUUGGUGCCAGUCUGCGUGCUGCGACGGCCAGGCGCUAACCAUGAAACCUCUGCCUCAAGCCAGAAAGUCCUAAGCCUAGUAAGCUGCUUCGCAGGAGGAGUCUUUUUGGCUACUUGUCUUCUGGACCUGCUACCUGACUACCUGGCUGCCAUAGAUGAGGCUUUGGAGGCCUUGCAUGUGACGCUUCAGUUUCCCCUGCAAGAGUUCAUCCUGGCCAUGGGUUUCUUCCUGGUCUUGGUGAUGGAACAGAUCACACUGGCUUACAAGGAGCAGUCCAGUGCACCACAUCCAGAAGAGACAAGGGCUCUGCUGGGGACAGUGAAUGGUGGACCUCAACACUGGCAUGAUGGACCAGGGAUCGCCCCGGCCAGCGGAACUGCAGCAGCUCCCUCAGCCCUGCGUGCCUGUGUCCUGGUCUUCUCCUUAGCCUUGCACUCCGUAUUUGAGGGCCUGGCUGUAGGGUUGCAGCGAGACCGGGCCCGGGCAAUGGAGCUGUGCCUUGCUUUGCUGCUCCACAAGGGUAUCCUGGCAGUCAGUCUGUCCCUGCGGCUGCUACAGAGCCACCUACGGGUGCAGGUGGUGGCUGGCUGUGGGAUCCUCUUCUCCUGUAUGACACCUCUGGGCAUCGGGCUGGGUGCAGCUCUGGCAGAGUCAGCCGGGCCUCUGCACCAGCUGGCCCAAUCUGUGCUGGAGGGCAUGGCAGCUGGCACCUUCCUCUAUAUCACCUUCCUGGAAAUCUUACCCCAGGAGCUGGCUACUUCUGAGCAGAGGAUCCUCAAGGUCAUUCUGCUCCUAGCAGGCUUUGCCCUGCUCACUGGCCUGCUCUUUGUCCAGGUCUAAGGUGCUUCAAGAGAAAAGGCAGGGGAUGCUGACUAUCAGGUGCCCCUGUGCUCCCUGCCUUUCUCAGUUUGUGAGAAAUAGAAAGGAAAUGAGGACCAACGAGUUCUCUGAGAGGUCAGGAAGUGGGCAGAGAAGAGGCUAGCCUCAGGCCCAAGAACAAGAGAUAGCCAAAUUAUGUGAGGCAUGAUCAGGGAACAUUAGCAAUGAGGCAGACUGCCACAAUCACAGAUCAGGCACUACACCUAGAGACAAGCUGACAGAACUGGAGCUACUUCGGAAUAUCCUGUUCCUUUCACUUCUGCCAAGUGAAUCCUCCCGCUUUCUAGCCUCCUAUUCUUAUAUCUCUGUCUUCUCUUCUACCAAGGGACUAGUGCCAAAUGGUCUCUGCCAGUUUCCAUAAUUUAUCUGGCCUCUCCUGUUUUCCUCACUUUUUUUUUUUUUUUUUUUUGAGACAGAAUUUCUCUGUGUAACCUUGGCUAUCCUGGAACUCAUUCUGUAGACCAGGCUGGCCUUGAACUCAGAGAUCUUGCCUGCCUCUACCUCCUGAUGGCUCGGAUUAAAUGAGUGUACCACCACAUCCCGUUGCUCCUUCUCUGUGUAGUCCUGGCUAUCCUGGGGCUUGUUCUGUAGUCUUAGGUUGGUCUUGAACUCAGAUAGGGUUGCUUCCUGAGUGCUGAGAUGAAAGGGGAGCUGUGCCACCACUGCCUAGCUUGCUCCUCUAUUUUUCAAGUGCCAAACACCCACCCACCCCUUUAGUGUGCUCUCCCAGCCCCGAGAUAGGGUUUUUCUGUGUAUCCCUGGCUGUCCUGAACUCACGCUGUAGACCAGGCUGGCCUCGAACUCACAGAGCUCCUCCUUCCUCUGCCUCCUGAGCACGGGGAUCAAAAGUGUGUGCCACCAUAUAUGGCUCACCUCCCUCUUUUCUGAAAGCACAGUGAUGGGGGCCCAGCCCAGCACCUCGGUGGAGUAGACCUACUUGCUCUUUAUUUGGGGUGGGGCAGAAUGUUUGCUGACCUGGCUGGAGUGAGGGAUAAGUAGGUCCUGACACCAACCCCUACAGAAGGUGGACAUGGCGCCCCAUACCUAGAUCAUAAACACUGACCUGCCAAAACUUUUCUAUCUUGGAUGUCCGGGUGGGUGGAGAGACAGACUCCCCCCAUGAUUAUUUUUAGGGAGGGAGGGCUGUGUAUAGGGCUGUACUCUGUAGAAUCUAUUUUACUAACUGACUGUUUUGGGACGUAUUACCCGAAUAAAAGAUGUUUCUAUACA